AGAUAAGAUCAACGGAUGAGAUUACUUCUCUCUUCUUUCUUACAUUUAGGCCAUUUUCAUAUAAAUAAAAACAUUUACGUAUAUAACAGUCACCGCAGUGUGUUUAGAUAAACCUCACUAUACUCACUGUUGAUUGCGGCUAGGGUUUGGCUCUCUCUUUAUCUCUCUCCUCUUCAGUCUCUCACCUCUUCUUCCGGUCUUUCGAGACUCUUAGACCUGUUGAUUCGAGACUCUUAGAUCUGUUGAUUCAUACACUCAAUAAUGAAUACAAGGUUAAAUUAAAGGAUUAGUUAUCAAUAAUCUGAAAGACAGGGUUUUGGUUUUGGUGUUGUUGCUCAAGAAAUGGCGACGCUAAACCCAUUCGAUUUGCUGGGCGACGAUACGGAGGACCCCUCGCUGCUUGCAGCUCAGCAGCAGAAGAUCGAGCCCAAAAAAAGCGUUGCACCACCGACCAAGCAGCCAGCGCAGCCGAAGCUCCCCUCCAAGCCGCUGCCCCCGGCUCAGGCUGUAAGAGAGGCAAAAUUUGAUUCUGCUCGAGGUGGACGUGGUCGAGGACGUGGAUAUGCUCGUGGUGCUGGUGUGGGCCCCAAUAGAGACUUUGCCAACAACGAAAACUCAUAUGGCAACAAGGAAGUGUUUGCUCCUCAGGGUGCACCCGACGAGGUUGAUGGAAAACCUUCUGAAAGGCGUGGUGGUGGCUAUGGUGGACCCCGUGGUUCAUUCCGUGGCGGCCGUCGAGGUGGUUUCAGCAAUGGAGAUGCUGGAGAAGGAGAACGAGACCGCAUCCGUAGGCCGCUUGAGCGUCGUAGUGGAACUGGACGUGGAACUGAGAUGAAACGAGAAGGGGCAGGUCGGGGAAACUGGGGAAUGCAGACUGAUGAAUUGGCUCAAGUGACCGAGGAAGUUGUCAAUGAAGAUGAUAAAAAUCUGAAUCUGGAAAAGCCCUCAGGAGAGGAAGAUGCUGCUGAAAAUGUAGAAAAGGAAGCUACUAAAGAUGAAAAUGAAGAGAAGCCUGAGGAUAAGGAGAUGACUCUGGAAGAGUAUGAGAAGCUUCUUGAGGAGAAAAGGAAGGCUUUGCUUGCUCUUAAAUCUGAGGAAAGGAAGGUUGAUGCCAAAGAAUUUGAAUCAAUGCAACCACUCUCAAACAAGAAAGCUAAUGAUGACAUCUUCAUUAAAUUGGGCUCUGAGAAGGAUAAAAAGAAAGAGUUGGCCGAGAAAGAAGAGAGAGCUAAAAAGGCUGUCAGCAUCAAUGAAUUCUUGAAGCCUGCUGAGGGUGAGAGGUACUACAGCCCCGGUGGGCGUGGACGAGGCCGUGGCCGUGGCGGGAGAGUAGGCUAUGGCGGGCCAAGCGACAGGAGCAGUUUCCAAGCACCAGCCAUCGAAGACCCGGGGCAAUUCCCUACCUUGGGUGGUAAAUGAGAUGUUACUUGUGCUGCUUCUGCCGCUCAUUGUCCAGUUUCCUAUCAAUCGUGCGGGAGAGAAUAUGAACAAUUAGUUGUGACAUUGAUGCUCAGUUUUGCUUCGUGAAAUCUGAAAAAACACGUUUUAGUUGUUUGUUUUGACAUUACAUUCUGAAAUCUGAAGUAUAUUGCCUUUUAUUACUCUUUUCA